AUGUCUCAUGCAUCGCUAACUGUCGCCGGAAAAUUCUUGAGAAUCGCUGGAAAGCCCGAAGCUUUUGAGCUUCGAUUCUCCUUCCUCGCUCGGAUACUGGACAAUAGGAAGUCUGGAUUGCUCCAUCGUCUUCCUACUUUCCAUGGACUUUCUGUGGAAGAUCCCAACCAGCAUCUAAUGGAGUUUCAGUUCAUUUGCUCAAGAAUGAAGCCACAUUUAGCAGAUGAGAACAUUUUGAAGCUGAAGGCAUUUCCUUUCUCAUUGGCUGACAAAGCAAAGCAAUGGCUUUAUGAGUUGCCAAGUGGACACAUUACAUCUUGGGAUGACAUGAUGAAGGCAUUUUUGGUUAAGUAUUUCCCCACAUCUCGUAUCAUCAUGCUUAGGAAGAAGAUCAGUGGAAUUCAACAAGGAGUUGAUGAGUCAUAUGCUGAUUACCAUGAGAGGUUUAAGUCUCUUCUUGCUCAAUGCCCUCAACAUGGAAUAAAGGAUGAGACUUUGCUUACUUGUUUUUAUGAGGGACUUACCAACUUGGAGAUAGAUAUGCUUGAUGAUGCUUUUGGAGGUUCCUUUAUGGACAAGUUUCCAGCUGCUGGGAUGGCUCUAAUUCAAAGUAGAGCCUCAAACCAACAACAAUAUAGAGGAACAAGAUCCACCACACGUGCAAGAGUCAAUGAGGUCUUGACAACAAAGGGACAAGGAAUGGCCAUGACAUGUGGAGUAUGCUCCAUGCAAGGACAUCCAACUGAUAAAUGCCCACAACUCAUGGGAGGUGAAGAAUGGGAGCAAGCCAACGCCAUAGGCUUUCAAGGAGGUCAAAAAUACGAUCCAUUUUCCAACACCUAUAAUGCUAGACUUAGGGAUCAUCCUAAGUUUAGGUGGAGGAAUAAUGACAAUGUGCAAGGACUUCCUCAAAAUACUUUGAUCCAGGUGAACACCAUAAGCAAGGAUGUGGAGGAGUUAAAGAAGCAGAUGAGUCAAAUGAUAGGUACCAUGAACAAAUUCCAUGAGCAAGGAAAGCUCCCAAGUCAGACUAUUCCAAAUCCAAAGGGAGGAUUCAAAACUGCCCAAGCUAUCACCACUAGAAGUGGAAAGACCCUUGGAGAUGCCCCAAAAGCCCAAAAGAAUGUCCACAUGGACGUUGAGGAAGAAGAAAAGGACCCAGCCAAAUCCAAAAAGGAGUUGAAGGCGUCACCUAAUUCUGAGCAACAACUGAAACCAAAAGGUAAUGAUUCUAACUUGUCAAAUUUAGUUAUUGCUAACUACUCUACUCCCAUGCCUUUUCCAAAUAGAUUUGCUCAAUCUAAGAAGGAUGAAAGUGAGAAAGUAAUCUUGGAGACAUUCAAGAAGGUCCAAGUAAACAUACCUCUUCUUAAGGCCAUCAAGCAAGUUUCAAAGUACGCUAAGUUCUUGAAAGAGCUAUGUACUACAAGAAGGAGGCAGCGUGAGAAAGAGGUAGUGAAGGUCAGUGAGAAUGUCUCAUCUGUGAUCCAAAGAAAACUCCCUCCAAAGUGCAAGGACCCCGGAAGCUUCACCAUUCCAUGCGUAAUUGGUAACAACAGGUUUGAGAAUGCUAUGCUAGAUUUAGGUGCAGCGAUAAAUGUCAUACCUUAUUAUGUUUAUGCAUCAUUAGAUCUAGGAGAGCUCAAAACUGAUAAUGUUAUCAUUCAGCUAGCAGAUAGGUCUAAAGCAUACCCUAAAGGUUUAGUAGAGGAUGUUCUUGUUUAA